UUUAAGUCCUGAUCGCUCGUUCGCAAUGCGCUCCGAAUGGGAUGGGCCUAAGAGAUGCCGAACUUCUGAGGACUUGUGCUGGCGCAGCCCAACUCGUAGAGCCUGGUGCGGCUUGCUGGCGCUUGCUGCGCUUGGCCUGGAGACGUGCUGGAGUGUUAGGAGAGCUGCAGUGCCAAGGCUCAAGGCGUCUAGCCCCACGAGGGUGCAGCCCGCCUGGACCAUGUCCAGGCUUCGGGAGCUGUGCGCUUCAUCUGGCACAUCUCAAGUGCUGCAGGAGCAGGGAGUGGCAGUCCUGCCGGCAGCCUUCGAGGCAGACAUGCUGGAGGCAGUGCUCAAGGCAUUCAUAGGUUUGGAGAGGCGGCAGAAAACGCAUGCACUGAGAUUUGGCGAUCUUCGCGUUGCCCGAACUCCGGUGCAUUUGCCGUAUCAGGAGCCCUUCAGAAGUCUACCUCUGCUGGGCAGGGAUGAGGCCUUGAGGGAGGUGCUCGCAAACUACCUUGGAGAUAAUUUUGAGCUGGAAAGCGCCAUGGUCAUCACUGUGUCCCCCAACGCGGGGGCGCAGAACGCACACUUGGACACAGAGGAUGCUGGCAGCGUGUCCGUACAUGUGCCUUUGCAGCCGUUGCAUGAAGGCUUCGCGCCGCUCUCCUUUUGCGUGGGUUCCCACGCAGAGCCUGACGUUUUGACGCGGGCGGCGCGACCGGCAUCCGUGGUGCCUGCGCCGCAGCAAAGGCUGGCACGGAAGAGGCAGCGACGGGCCACAGCCAAGGAGGAGCACUUCUUGGAGUGGGGCCCAGCGCAGGUGGAGCAGCUUGGGGAGGUGGACUUCCGAAGAGGCAAAAGCCGCUGCCUCGUCCGCGGCCUCAAGGAGAACACCUUGGGCUUGCAGCUCGGGGAUGAGGUGACACACGUUAACGAGUUGGACUUCAUGAGCUGGCUGCUGGUCAAAGACCAUGUGCCAGAUUUUCGCAAAAACCUGAUGGUUCGCGUGCUCCGGCCAAUCAAAGAAGAGGACCAAGAGGCAGAGCCAGGAAGGCCCCGAGAGCCACGCCAGCUGCGGGUCUGGAUGGGCAAGCGGCACCAACAUCGGCUCCUAGUGGGAGCUCCCCUGGAGCUUGGCGAUGCCAUCAUGUAUGACUCCAGGACGGUGCACUGGGGAAUGGCCAACAAAGAGGACUACACAAGGUACGUACUGUACCUGAACUUUAAGAGGAGGAACUUUAUGGGGAUCUCCCCUGAUGAGAUGGCAAUCCAGCUUGCCCGGAAGCCAUGCCGAAUUGCACGCGAGGACUUUCAAGAUAAGCUGGUCCGUGAGCUGCACUACCUGGAAGAUGGGCCAUUCUAGAAUGACAUCAUGGAGUGAGCUGGCGCGGGUACUUCCAGCAGAGCUUAUUCCUCCUCACCAAGCCUGACUCAGCAAGGCAUGUUGACACCAUGGUUUGGCAUUGGGCUCA